AUGCUUCUGCAGACCAUCACACCCGCUCUCCCGUCGCCGUUGAAUUUCCGUCGUGGAAAGCCGUCGCUCAAAACUGUCUUCUUGCCUCCUCUCCCCACAAAAUUCUAUCUGCGGCCUAAAUCAUCCUCCAUCUCUGCUCAUCCCCGUAAUACAAGUGUGAAUGCGACUCUGCUCCAGACUCCGGUGGUCUUGUGGGCCGGCCGCCUCUGCGUCUUUUAUGCUCUUCUCAAAGCUGGCCUCGCUGGAUCUCCCACUAAUCCGCUUGUUUCAGAUUUGGAAAGUGGAGCUGAUGAUUUAGGGUUCGCUAAGUGGUUUGAUAAGUUGAGCAAACCAGAAAAGGAGGCAGUUGAGAGAAGAAAGUUGGUCAGCAAAUGGCACCCCACAACAAAGGGUACCCUUAGGCGCAACUACAGGGUUCCCUCUAAAUCCGAAGGGAAGCGUCUGCUUAAAGCCAUUGCAUCUGUAUUGUCAGAUGAUGACCAGUUUAGAGAUGCCACAUCACACAAGGGCUGUCAGAUUCGGAGAGAAAGUGCUCAUGGGGAAAGUGUUUGCUGUAACAACGUGCGUGCUUUGUUCGAUGAGCUCCCGACACCACAUUUGAUUGUGGAAAUUACUCCUUUUCCAGCUGGCCCUCUUACGGAAAACGAUUAUUCCAGGGCCGAGAGACUAGAAAGGGUGCUUAGAUUGGGCCCUUCUGUUUGA